GCAUGUGACCUACAACAGUCUCUUGUAAGGAGCUGCACUGUUUUGCUGGCAGCUUUCAGUAGUAAGAUGGAACUUUCUUAUCAGUCCAUGAAAAUCGCCCAUGAAGCACGGGAGGCAGAUAAACUCAAGAGAGAGAUGAGGAAGAAGAGCAUUCUUGUUCUCAUUUACCAACACCUGCUUGGGCAAGGGUACACAUCAGCUGCAGUAACUCUGGAUCAGGAGACCAAUGGAGGCGUGAGGAAAUUUGAGGUUUGUGAUAACGUCGACCUGGAGAUGGUGUUCAUGGAGUACGAGAAUUAUCAGUACGUCAAGUUCCAGAAGUAUCCCAAACUCAUCAGGAAAACAGCGGAACCAGGUGAAAGCAGACAGGUGAAAAGUGCUGCUGUUAAGAAGACUCCCCAGUCAGCUCUGAAGCCUCUUCCCAAAAUCGCCCCGUCGUCGUCGUCCCCCCAAAGCGGAAAUGCUGCCAAGAAGACGGGCGCCGGUUCACACGAAAAUAGCAGCUCUGUGGCACCAGAGUCUCUGGAUUUAGGGCUCAACACGUUCUCCAUCAAACACGGGCCUGUUGGGGAAGCUGACUCGAGCAAGAAGAUGGCUGAUGGCAAAGCGGUCUACGAUACUGUCAACGGAGCGGCUUUUCAGACAGACUACAUGGAGCCGUUGCUGAAGCCCCUUAGUGGCUUUUUUGGGACCAGCGGGGAGAUGAGGGAACUUGCUGCAAUCAUCAGUGAGGACAUCUAUUUGCACAACCCAAAUGUGAGAUGGGAGGACAUCAUCGGUCUGGAGGACGCCAAGCGAUUAGUCAAAGAGGCCGUCGUUUAUCCCAUUAAGUACCCACAGCUGUUUACGGGCAUCUUAUCUCCAUGGAAGGGCUUGCUGCUUUAUGGGCCCCCGGGCACAGGCAAAACUAUGCUGGCCAAGGCUGUGGCUACAGAGUGCAAGACCACCUUCUUCAACAUUUCAGCCUCCAGCAUCGUCAGUAAAUGGAGAGGCGAUUCUGAGAAACUCGUGCGGGUUCUUUUUGAGCUGGCGAGGUACCAUGCCCCAUCCACCAUCUUCCUGGACGAGCUUGAGUCAGUGAUGGGACAGAGGGGUACCAGUUCAGGGAGGGAGCACGAGGGGAGCCGGAGGAUGAAGACGGAGCUGUUGAUUCAGAUGGACGGGCUCGCUACGUCAGAAGACCUCGUGUUUGUUCUCGCCGCUUCCAACCUGCCUUGGGAGCUUGACAACGGGAUGCUGAGGAGGUUAGAGAAAAGGAUUCUGGUAAAUCUUCCCUCAACACUUGCUCGCCAGGCCAUGAUCUCUCAUUGGCUGCCUCCACUCAGUUCCCUGGGCGGGGUAAAGCUACAGACCGCAUUAGACUACAAAAGGCUAGCAGAGGAGAUGGAGGGCUACUCUGGCUCUGAUAUCAGGUUAACGUGUAAGGAAGCCGCCAUGAGACCAGUUCGCAAGAUCUUUGACGCUCUGGAGUCGCAUUGUGAUGGCGAAAUCGACAUGCCCGCUAUUGAGCUGGGAACUGUAACGACUGCUGAUUUUAUGGAGGUUCUAGCACACACUAAACCGUCGGCCCAAAACCUGAUGGACAGAUACACCGCCUGGGAGAGGAAGCACAAGUCGGUUUGAUGCUCAGGCUGGAAACAUUGGG